CAAGUACGUACCAUAGUUGAAGAAAUAUAUUCAACACCUACUUUUGCUGGCUUAUUCAUUUCAUAAUUUAGUCUCGUCCCAUCGAUCGACUCUACAUUAUAAUAAACCCAAGUUUGCUAGAUUCCUCAACCAUGAUUUUCAAGACUAUCGCGCUCCUCGGACUCAUCGGAAGCAACGRUGUUCUGGCCGAGACUCUCCGUGGAGUGGAAGAACCGGAGCAUCUCGAUCUGGAAUUGAUCAUCGACGGGGAACGCCAGCUGUUUCCACUCCUCCCAGGCGUCAAGUGCCCUCCAAACCACAUGUGCCAUUCGCGAGCGAUCCCCACGAAUGGUAUUCAGGUGUCGCCGAUGAUUGGUGCUAUGAAAAAGGGUUUCAAGACCCACCUUGCUGCGAGCAUGGAUUGGCAAGAACUGAGCAACAACCUGAACACCGUUGUUGUCUCUGACAACCGCUGCACCCGUCGUGCCGCCAUGGCCCGUGCCGCCGGUCUGGCAGCAGGACUUGCCGCURGYACUGUUGCAGCUCCAGCUUAUGCCGCCGAAACGAAGGAGGUCAAGAUGGGUACGGAUUCUGGAGGUCUCCAGUUUGUCCCUGCAAAGACUUCCAUCUGCAAGGGUGACUCYGUCAAGUGGUGCGUUUUUGCCUGCAGYGUUAAAUCUAUUGUGAUGCSUUUUGCUGUAUCGGAUCUGAUACAGGUGCUAUAACAUGGUAACAUGUGUUCGCCACAAGCUAUGGAAACUGAUAACGCAUCCGGAUGUUGAUUUGAAUUGAAUUUUGUUUUGUUUUCGUUUCUUUCGUCCUACUUUAGGAUCAACAAUAAGGGCGGUCCUCACAACGUCGUMUUCGACGAAGAUGCCAUUCCGGGUGGCGUCUCGCAGGAAGCCAUUUCAAUGGACGAACAGCUUGGAGAAGAGGGCGACACCUUUGUCAUGAAGUUCGAUGUCGCCGGAAGUUACGAGUACUAUUGUGAGCCCCAUCGCGGUGCGGGUAUGAACGGUGCCCUUGUCGUAGCCUAGAUGAAGAUAUCAGUUAGUGCAUUAUGAAGUGCAACCAGAGAUCAGGCGUGCACCGUACAUAGACAGGAAAUCAGCGACAAGUAUAACGAUGCCGACAAACUGUACCGUACCGUAGUAUUCAAAAACAAUAUUAUAUCUCUUCAAAUAAAAUUAUCGAAGUAUCCUACUACUUUUUGUUCUCAUACGUUUAUAUCCUACGCCGUAGUUCCAGGAGAGCCCCCGAUCGUGCGUUUUUUAAUAUACUCACGGGAUUGGCUGUUGAAAGAGACCAUACGCGCCGGCGCUCCGGGAAACUCCAACCAGAGGAACACUUUUUUGUUUUUGGGGCAUAGGAAAUUGUGUCUUUGGGGGAAGGCCGACGUCAGGAUUAAUUAACUUUUAACUCGCCGAUAAUAAAUGUUUAUUAAUCAA